AUGACUAAUACAAUUAAUUGGAACAAUCAGACAUAUAGGGUUGUUUUAAGGGCAGACAGAGUCAUGAUGGACUGUUUAAAUAUUACCUUUGAAGCUGAAAAUAGGAACAUGACGGCUGUAGUAAAUGAUGAUGCCAAGAAACUCUAUGAAGAAGUUAGCCAUAUUGUGUAUGGAUUCGGAAUACCAUCUGUUUGUUUAUUUGGAAUGGUUGGAAAUGUUUUAAAUUUGUGUAUUUUAACAAGACGGAAAUUACAAAAAGCUUUUAAAAGAUUGGAAUUAUCAGCUAAUUUAUGUUUAGUUUCAUUGGCAGUUUCUGAUCUAAUGUUUUGUCUAUUUGCCUUUCCAACUGUUUUCCUACCACAGGAUGAUGUUUAUUCAACUAAGGGUUUUGUGUUAUAUUACAGAAUUUACUGUGCCGCUAUUAUCAACGUUUUUAUCAUAAUCAGUACUUGGUUGACGGUAGCAAUGGCUUUAGAACGAUAUCUUGCGAUUUGUCAUCCGUUACGACAGGAUAUAUAUCUAACGACUAGCCGUAUCAAAUGUGUUAUUGUGAUAACUUAUGUUUUUUCGUUUGCGUUUAACAUUCCGGUAUUGUGGCGAUAUGAAAUAAGACAAUUGUGUACGCCGAAUUCCUCUAGAAAAGCGUAUAUGCCGACACCGGUACAGCUUUGGAAUGAUAGACAAAUAGAUACAGCUUACAGGAUCAUUUGGGCAGUGAUUGGAAAUUUUAUACCUUUAGUUCUUUUGUUAUAUUUCAACGUUUGUUUGUGCCGAAGAAUUUAUAAAUCGUAUAAAAUGCGCCAAACGUUUAAACGUGAUCGACGUAAGGACCAUUCAGCUACUAGCACAAGUCAUACAAUAACAAUUACUCUAGUCGUUAUCAUUGUGAUGUUUUUCAUUUUAGUCGCACCAUCUGAAAUAGUUAUACAUUUAGCUCGUAUGACGGACAAUGAAAGUAACUAUACAUAUUUAACUAUAGAAGCUGUCAUGAAUUUUAUGCAGUCCGUCAACUUUUCAGUGAACUUUAUCCUAUAUUGUAUUAUCAGUCCAUAUUUUAGGAAAACUUUAAAAUAUUUAUUUUGUUGUGGCUGCUGGAAUAUAUAUCAAGUUUCUAAACAAUGGAAAAAAGAAUUUGAAACAUCGUUAAUGUAA